ACAAAAAUGGCGUUUCAGAAAAGUUGUUGAGGACGUAAGAGGAAUUGUCACCUGUGAAGCGGUGACAUUACACCUAAUUUCAAACACAGAAACUGAACAAAAUGCCUUCUCCUAAAGCCAAAAACAACGCCAAUCGCAGUGGAGGUGGGAGCCCAGGUCUCAGUGGCAGCACCAAUGGCAACGGACGCUACGAGUUCAUGUCGCUGAACCGAACCCCUCCAGCCACUCUCUUCCAGCGGCAGGGCUCCGACCCAACCGCUGCAGCCAGACUGCGGGCCUCAGAGAGCCCUACCCGGCGAAGAGGCUCCGGGUCCUCCACCUCCUCCAACACAGGCAUGCCCGAAGAGGACUGUAUGCGGCUCAACCCUUCCUUUAUCGGGAUAGCCCUUAGCUCCCUCCUCGCCAUAGACCUGUGGCUCUCCAAGCGGCUUGGCGUGUGUGCCUGUGAAGAUUCAUCCUGGGGCAGCAUUCGACCAUUGAUGAAACUGAUAGAAAUUUCUGGACAUGGAAUACCAUGGCUGGUUGGGACAGCCUACUGCCUGUAUAAGGCUGACAGUGCCGCAGGACAGGAAAUUAUGUUCAAUCUCUUCAUGGCUCUCAUUCUUGACCUGAUCCUGGUUGGCAUCGUGAAAGCGGUCGUCCGUCGGCGCCGCCCAUCCCACAACCGCAUGGACAUGUUCGCCACCUUCUCCGUGGACCGCUACUCCUUCCCCUCGGGGCACGCCACCCGGUCCGCCAUGUGUGCCCGUUUCCUGCUGGCCCACUUGGUGCUGGCCGUCCCCCUGCGGGUGCUUGUGUUCCUGUGGUCUGGUCUGGUGGGGCUGAGCCGGGUGCUGCUGGGAAGACACAACAUGACCGAUGUGCUGUUUGGCUUCCUGAUGGGCUACUGCCAGUACAACCUGGUGGAGAUGCUCUGGGUAUCAUCGCUGGGUAUGCAGGGGCUCCUGGGGCUCAUCCAGGGGUGAGAGGAUGGGAGGGUGUGGUAGGUGGGAGACAGACGCCCUGUCCCAAUAUGUAUGAAACAUUGACUGAUCCUGUCCCAUACUGACACUGUGGUCACUCAUCAUUGCCUGUUCAAGACAAACAACUACAACAAAGCCUACCACCCACCAACCAUCCACCCAUAUGUAACUGCAAUCAGAAGUACCUAGGAGCAGGGUGCUCUUCCAUACUGUGAUAAGAGAGAGAAAGUGUGUGUCUGUGUGCAUGUCUCAGAGAGUUGUGUUCUCAAAGGGGAGAAUGAAUGCUAUAGGUUAACUUAUGAAUUGAUUAUGGUGUCUGUGGGGCGCUCUGAAAAGAGCAAUGUAAUUUAUGGAGGACACAUCAUGUAUUGACUUAUUUUAAACUUUUAAGGUAUAGAGCCUCACAGUGGAGGUGUCAUAACAGCCAUAGAACCUUACGGUCAAACAGGGAAAUGGUUCCAAUCGUUUUUCCACCAUUCAUUUUUCCUAUAGGGAAUUUUAGAAACACUUCAAAUAAGGGCUGUGUUUAAAUCGCUCUCGGACAAGGUGACUUUUAUCAAUAUAUUUUCGGCUCUAUUUGGAAGUUCUAAUUAGCAUCAAACUAGACAUGCAAGACUACAAAUCCCUGUAAGCUCCUGCACGUCAUCUCUAGCUGACACCUUUGCUAACAGGUAUUGUGUCAAUUUAAAACUUGCACAAGACCGUUCACAGAAUUGUCAAUUUUAAAGAAAUGUAGCCAAUUUAUUAAUUACUAUAUUGAGCUAACAUUAGAUAGUUAGUUAAUCUAGAGACUCUUACCUUUGCCUUGAUUCGGCUGUCUCGUCCACAUCAUCAUGGCAUUUGUAGUUCUUUAAGAUAGUCGCAUUAGCAGCUAAUUAACGUUUACAUUUUGGGGGGUAAAUACAGGCAAAUAUAUUGAUAAAAGUCACCUUGUCCUAGAGCGAUUUACACGGUUAUCAAAAUGUAACGCCAAGGUAAGCCUACAUGAAACACAGCCCUUAUUUUAAGUGUUUCUAAAAUGAAUGGUGGAAAAACGUUUUGGAACAAUUAACUUGUUUGACCACUUGGUUUUACGGGUAUUAUGACUCAUACUGUGCUACUCUAUAAAGUUCACAAAAUGAAAUGGUUUGUCUUUUUUAUUUCUCACUGAAAUAUAGUCACCCUGAAUGUGUUAUUGCAGAUCUUGAGUAAUAAUACCAGUUUUCUACAGAUGGGUGAAUGCUAAAAAAUAAUUAACAUUGAUGAUGUUUUAACCAGA